UGUUGUUUUCUCCAGCCUGGCACAAUGUAAUUAUCAAAGCAAUGAUUGCACUAGCGGCAGUAAUUAGUAGCACGGACCCUUCCGGAUGGUGACUCCCAUGCAAUAUGCACGAAGCCAUUCAAAUAUCCCCGCCUGCUAUCAGAAGUGAAAUCCGAGAGGUUUAGAGAGAAGCAACUAAGCGGUGGAGUUGGAGAGCGAGCGGAGGGAGGGGUACAAGUGCACGUAAGCUGCCUACAAAUGACACACUGCAAUCAUAAACUGUCUAGCGACGCGUUCUUUCGCUUCUUUCGAUAGUGAAGUAAGAAGAAGACGUCGGGAUACUGGGAGACUCGUAGAUUUAGCGGAUAACACGUUUCUAGCGCACUUCUGACCGACUUCUACUCAUCAGCCUGCAAAAAAAAGCUUCAUCGCAGCCGUCUGAGAGUCUGGAAGGACCGGGAAGGAUCCUGCUCGGGCUCGAGUCGAGAUAACGGAAUAAAGCCCAUGCCUAUUAUAUAAGGAUUUUGCGACAAGAAAGUCAGGAGACAGAAAGGCUCGCUUUCUCAUCACUUCGCGCGAAUAGGGGGUUUUAUUAUGGACAGUGUAGUCUUUGAGCUCGGCGUGGUUGACUUCUCUGGAUUAUUUUCCACGUUUCGUUAUGCUGAGCAGCCGUACAGUGGACGAACGGAGGUUUCGGAUAUUGGCUUCAGAUAAAAUCGUCUUGAUGCCUGCAGGCUUGCGCUGGUCACUAGAUUGAGACUGCUCUGUGAAGUCUUCAUGCUGUGGGCAUGUUGCCCUCGCCCCAGGUGUGCGUGUCUACUCUGGUGACAGUGAGCACGAUGGCCGUGGUCGACCUCUACCUGCUGGAGCAGAGCAUGCUGGGACCUCGAGGUGGAGCCCGUCCUGCAGUAUGGCCAUGUGUCGCCGUCGCACUGGGCGACCUGUGUUUCCUGCUGGCGCUGCGCUUUGUUUCCGCUGGUGUGGUUUCGGAGGCUCGCUCUCCCCGCCGGGGCUUCGCCAACGCUCUCUGGUUUCUUUUCCUCUCGCUGCUGCAACUGAAGCUUUUCUUUGUGUGUCAGAACUACAGACAGGAGAGACGACCCCCGGAUCCUCUCGCCCGCAAGACUCUAACUCUUUUACUCUCUGUGUGCCUACCCUCGCUGUUUCUCAUCCUGACAGGAGCCGAUUACAUGACUCCACUCCGUAGGAAGCAGGAGGUGCGCAGCCGGCUUCUGUGGGUGGUGGUUGACUUGCUCGAUGUGUUAGAUCUGCAAGCCGGCCUGUGGGAGGUGCAGGGAAGUGUAGGGGUUCCUCUUUGGGUGGAGGGUAUAGUGUUCUUUUACUGUUACGUUCUGUUGCUGUUGCUGCCCUGCGUGUCGCUCACAGAGCUGGGUGCCACCGCGUUGCCUGGGCUGCAGGCAACUCGGAAGGAGGCCAUCUAUCCGUGGCUCAGCCUGGUGACCAUUAACCUGUUCACGCUCGUGCCCAGAGGGGUCGGAAUGCUCUGGUACAGGGACCCGCGGGUCUCCACGGUGUUCCUGGGGAAAAACCUGCUGGCUCUUGCGGUAAAGUUAAGUUCCGCUUGGGAGAGGCACAGAAAGGGCAGCGGAGGGAGGCAGGGCGCUGGAGCCGCCACAGGAACUGCAAACCAGACUCGAGGGGCGGCAUCGGAGCAAGCUACGGAGCAGGAGCAAGAGUGCACGUCUCCAGUGCCGUCCUCCACGCGCUACCACACACUCUCGCGCACUCACGGACACAGCCACUCGCUCUCUCACGUUAGCCUGGACCCUGCUGAGACCUCACUGGGGCCGGCUUAUAUUUCCCAUGAGCUCUAGAGGUCUGAAACUGCCAGCAACUGGGAUUUGCAGGUUCAUAACUAUUCCUGGAGUCUCUGUGCUUUUGGCAAGAUUAGCAGAGAUAACUCCUCGUAUUAGCACACUUUGUAGUUUGUACAGCUGAUGAUUUGUAAAGCCAAACACGAGCAGCCUACUGUGGUGUGAAGCUCCCAGACAAAAUGCUAAUGAGGCAGAGGGGGGAGCUGUUUUAAUUAAGUGCCUUCUUUAAAGAGCAACAAUUAAUAUUGUUACUCUUGUUCGUUUCGGUGUUCGUCAAGGACUUGAAUUAAACCAUGUACUGUGAAGCAUGACCACUGUUAAUAUUCCACUCUGUAAUAAAAGUGUUUAAUAGA